AUGUCAUUGCAAACCCCUGACGUCAACACCCUGUUGCACAACAUGCGUGCACGGAUUUUGGCAUUGACAACGCAACUUGCCAAGCUACAGGCAGCCCCUCCUGCAGCAGCACCCACGGUUGAGAAGAAGUUUAACAAGAAAGCCGAAGUUGUCACUGACCCCGGCGCCUUCGAAGGAGACAGAGCGCGAUUUGCCGAAUGGUGGAUCAAGCUCCAAAUUUGGGUCAAGGCAAAUUGGGAUGCAUUUGCCGACAAUUUUGAGGUAGCUACUGCAGUACUAUCUCGACUAAAAGGACCUGUGGUGGGUCAAUACACCCAAGUUAGAAUGCAGAAGUGCUACACCGCGGGAGUGUGGUCUGUCUGGGAUGAUCUCAAAGUUGAGAUCAAAAAAUAUUUCAAACCGCAAGCUGAGCGUGACUGGGCGUGUCAACAAAUCUGUUUCUUCAAACAAGGAAACAUGAGGACGGACAACUACAUAAUCUGGUUCCUGGCCCUCUCCAUCCAAGGAGGGCUUGGCAAUGAACAUGCAGUAGAACUGCUGGAACACAAUGUGAACCCCCGCAUUGCAGAACAAAUCUACCUGCAGGAUAAGGCAUGA